AUGUUCAAAAGCGACGAGCGUCUUGAGGACUCAUGCGUCCGCCCGUCCUGGUGUAUCCGGACGAGCCCAGCGGCAAAGCGGAAGUCUCUCUGCAAUUGGCUGCCCUACAGCCUACAGGAUUCUGGAGAUGAAAGACCGGUGAGAACUGCCCGGCUCGGGAUUUUUCGCUUCCUGGGCCGGUGGUCACCUUCAAGAUUCAUGUCGUUCUGGUCCAGAAGUUCGUAUUCCGCCGUCGGUCGACCAGAGCCGGAAAGAGGCCACGGAGCUCCACAGAGCGCCAGGGCAGGAGAGGUUCUCGAGGAGAUGCGAAGCCACGAGGAAACUGCGGACUGGCUCAGCCGACUUCCGAACCGGCGGCUGUCGGCCCUCAUCCGGCUUGCUGCGGAGGAGCUGGGCCGGCGCUCCGAGGAGGGACUCGUGCCAGAGGCUGGCUGUGCUGCCACUGGAAGCCUGCCGAAUGGUGUGUACGAGGAGGAAGCUUCGCCCCUACCAGACGCCGUCGAUCUUCGUUCUGGAAGCUCCCUGGCCACUGCCGCUCCCGAGGUGACGGCUGCUAAGGGUGGCCCUGAAGGUGAAGAAGACAUGCGGCCAAGAGAGGGGGACGAGGAGACCCCGGAAAACGUGGCCACUACGCCAGGAGGGUCGCUCCUGCGCCGUUCGGGCUGCGGAAUGUACUCUUCAGAAGGAGCUCCUUCCUUACCCGGAGAUGAGGAACGCAGCCGGCUCCUUGCAGAGCUCCGCGGCAGCAGGUGGAGGGCCGAGGUCCUCCUGGGCCGCGCUCCGCCACGGCUCCGGAGUGACCGAGAGGUGUUGCUUGCAGCCGCGCGGGAGGAUCCGGGUGCCCUCCGCUUUGCGGAUCUCAAAGAGGACCGACAUUUCUGGCUCUGGCUCGUGAGGCAGACCAAGGCCUGGUGGCUCAUCCACUUUGGAGCCUCCCAGAAGCUCCUGGAAGAUGCUGCCUUCUUGGAAAAGUGCAAGAAAGCAGCGGGGACUGGCUUGGUUUUCACGUACUACGACGACUACAGCCUCUUCCAGACCAUGCGGAGGAAGUUCCCCGCUACCGGUGCCUCAGUGCCGGGCGGCGAAGCCUAUGAUGCUGUCAUGGAGGAAGUCAGGCAGAACGGAAGCACUGCGACCGUCUGGUUCGGAGAUGAACCAGUCUUCGGCGUCAAUGCCGACCGUGGCACGUGGCUCCACCCCAGCAGUGAAUGCGGACGGGACGACAUCCCGGUUCCGCCGGCAAACGAGCAGGAUCCAAAGUGGCGCUCGACGGUGGACUCACGCAGGGUCACGCUUGAGCCCAAAGUCGGCAUGCGAUACAAGUGUUGGUGCUGCAGAUGGUUGCGGGAAGUGCAGCGACACCACGCCCAAGGCGAGGUAAUUUGCUGCGCGGUAUCAAACAUCUUUAACUCAGAUUGGGUCGAGUUGUACGGUGCGGGAUCAUCAGAGUUGUCGGAUGUGGACGCCGAAGCACACGGACUGCCAAAGGAGCGGUUCCGCAAUGAGCGCCCCAAGGGCUGGGGCCAAGGCCAAAUCCGAAUAUCUGGCGGAUUUGGUGGCGAUUUCGAUCGCAAAGCACCCGUCCACCCUCGGACAAAGAAGCCGUUGGGGGUCGGCUGCCGCUGGGAACGCCAGGCCCUGGAUGGCAUGGAUUUUCCCGUGUAUGCUUUUUUUAUGCCCUGA